AUGGCGAAACGCGGACAAGAUUUAUUGGAUUUACCUGAUAAAAGCUCAAUAAAACCUGAAAAUAAUGAAGAGGAAAUUGGUGAAUUUGAAGAUGCUUGGGAAGACGAGCUCGAGAGUGAGGAAGAAGUAUCCGAAGAGGAGAUUAUAAAUGGUGAUUCUGUUGGCAUGGAAAUUGAAGAUGAUGACGACGAAGAGAAUGCAGCUGGCGGUGAUCAAUUACAACAAAACUUGAAAGUCUAUCUUCCGGGACAACGUCUUGGUAAAGAUGAAGUUCUUGAAGCAGAUCAAUCUGCUUACGAGAUGUUGCACUCCAUAAAUGUGCAAUGGCCAUGCUUGAGUUUUGAUAUUUUAUGGGAUGAAUUGGGUGAGGAAAGACGAAAGUAUCCCGCCACAGCAUAUAUAGUCGCUGGGACACAAGCAGAUAAGCCAAAAAACAACGAGUUGAUGGUAAUAAAGAUGACGCAGAUGCAUAAAACACAAAAUGAUGAUAUUUUGGAGUAUAAAAGACUAAAACAUUAUGGUGGAGUUAACCGAGUUAGAGUUACGCCUCAAAGGGAAAUUCAUAUAGCAGCCUCAUGGUCAGAGACCGGAAAAGUGCAUAUCUGGGAUUUAAACCCUCUUAUCUCAUCGUUAGAUACACCCGGAAAAAUGAUCAACGAAAAGUUAUUGAAACCUAAAUAUACAAUUGAAAGUCAUAAUACUGAAGGUUUCGCAAUGGAUUGGUCAGGAAGAGUCACCGGGAGACUGUUGACUGGUGAUAACAACUCAAAUAUCUUUCUUACGACGAGUGCACAAUCAACUUUCAAAGCGGAUAAUGUGCCAUAUAGAGGACAUACAUCAUCUGUAGAGGAUCUACAAUGGUCCCCAUCGGAAAAUAACGUGUUUGCUAGUGCUUCCGCUGAUCAAACUGUUCGAAUAUGGGAUACACGAAAUAAAAAGAAAGAAGCUCUUGGAAUUAAAGCUCAUGAAGCUGAUGUGAAUGUUAUCACAUGGAAUCGGAAAGUUGAAUAUUUACUUGCAUCCGGUUCAGAUGACGGCGUGUUUAGUAUAUGGGAUUUACGCACUUUUGUCAAUAAUAAUCAAAAAUCCACACCAGUCGCCACUUUCAAAUGGCAUUCUGCACCUAUAACUUCAAUUGAAUGGAAUCCUAAUGAGGAGUCUGUUUUAAGUGUUUCCGGGGCUGACGAUCAAAUAUCUAUCUGGGAUCUUUCAGUCGAACAUGAUCCAGAAGAAGAUAUCCGAUUAGGCAGAAGCAAAAUUUAUACAGAAAAUGGCACAGAAGGUCAAAAUGAUAUAAAGGAGCUACAUUGGCAUCCUCAAAUCCCUGGUUGCAUAAUAAGCACAGCAUUGACAGGAUUUAAUGUCUUUAAAACAAUAUCAGUUUAG